CCAUGGUAAAAGCCGUCAAAGGUGUCUUACUAGAGUGUGAUAGUACAGUAAAGCAAAUCGUACUCAACUUGAAUAAAAGAGGAAAUUUCGUAAUUGAAGACUUGGACGACACCCAUUUAUUCAUUGAAGCUUCUUGGGUUGACCAAUUAAAAUACGAAUUAGACAAAAUCUUGGACGAAAACUCUUACACCAUUUCAGUUGACGAAAGGGAUUCAAAGAAAAACUAAACCUAUUCCUUGUUUAUAUAUAUCUCUUGUUAAUUUCAUUAAAGAAAUUAUUUAAAAAGUAAUGAAGCGUGUCUGUCCAAUCUGUCAAACUACUAAAUUCAGACGCUCGGGAGAUACUGGCCUUGUCUGUAAAUACGGUCAUAAAGUUCUCGGUGUUCAACGAGAAGAAGCUGAGGAUGAUUUCUAUGGUGGUGGAGGAAGAACAAGAAAAAGGAUAAGGACUGUCGAGGAAACCAAGCAUUUGACAGCAACUCAAGUCGCAAGUUAUGAGUAUCUGAUCAUUCAAUUUGCCUUACAAGUCAUCACUCGCAGCAUGGUGGAAGAUCUUGACUUUUCACCGGAAAUUGAAGCCACUGUUAGAGAAUUUUGGUUAUUAUACAUAUCAAAAAGUCAAUUUGAAAUGGAAGGCGCAUAUGAAAUAGAGGACAAUGAAAGGAGGGAAAAAGAGAAGAGCAAAAGUAACUUGUCCGAUUUUGGUCUCAGCACAGAAGAAGCACACACCUUGGAAGCAUUAGACAUUUUUGAUGAUACAGAUGACAGUGGUGAUGAUCACUAUGAAACAAAGGAUGGAAAUGAUCCAAGUGUUAACCCAAUUUUCCGUCAACCACGACCAUGGCCCAAGGCAAGAUACACGGACAUCAUUGUGUUUAUCUAUUUAGCGUGCAUUUAUCUUCGAUAUCCCAUUCUGCUAAAUGACCUUAUCCUCAUGUGCAAGACAGGGCGUUUACCUUACCUCCAUAUGCAGAAACUAGUACCAGACGAUCUACUAUCUUCGCUAUCGCUGCAUGUUACUGAAAAAAUGACUUAUGUACCUACCUUAGACAGACUCAGAAGGAGAGUGUAUAGAUAUGCAAGAUGCUUUUUUAUUCAUUGUAAUUUAGAACUACCAGAUGUAAAUAUACCCUUAUACCUUGACAGAUUUUGUUCGUAUUACUUCUUACCAGUGGAAGGCUAUUACCAUGCCUUGUUUCUAUUCCAAAAAUAUAGAGAGAAACAUUUGCAGACAUUAUCCAUCAGUCGUCGAUCAUGUCACAAUAAGAUUGACUUUACUACUCUAUUGGUUGCCUCUGUCAUUGCCACUGCAAAAUUAAUGUAUUCUAUAGAUGGUAGCAAAAAGGAUCUGGAUAAAGCGAGCGAAUUUGAUAUAUAUACCUCCAAACAAGCAUGGCUAAAGAAAAUACGCAACAAUAUCAAAUUAUGGCAAGCAAGGCUAGACAAAUUAGACACCAUGAAUCUUAUUAUUGAAAAACUAAAAGAAAGAUCUCGAGCAUAUUCUUUAUCCGUUAGAGAUUCAGGCAAGCCAGGUAAAUUACUUCUUGAUUCAUCCAAUUCAGCUGUCUCACACUAUAUUUUAUUCCGUAGCUAUGAUAUUGGGUCUUUUAAAAAAUCAUGGGCAUCAUUAUUUUGAUUGGGACUCUAAAAAGACAGAUCCGUUCAUGGAUCCUUUGAAGCACUUUUAUCCAAGUAAUGAUACUGAGGAGAAAGAGCUUCUGAAGCUAGGUAGUUUUUAUUACCAAAAAGCAAAACGUAUCAGAGUAAGUGAUUACUCUGACCUUAUCAAAUUGGCCAGCUUGAUCACAGGCGAGUCGCUACCUGCCAGUAUUGAAACUGCUUUAAGGCGUAUGGAUAGGAUUAUACUCCAAAACAACUUUCAUGAAAGGAUUACAAACGAAGAGUACCGUAGUCGGUAUGAUAUUAAAUAAAAGGCCUCUUUGUAAAUAUGUAUACAACUUUUGUUUACUCUCAACAAGCUGCAUCACUA